GGAAGCUUCGUUUGUGAAAGUUAUAAGGUCGAAAAGCAGCCAUUUUGAUUUUGUUCAAGAAAAAAACUGAAAGGAUUUCCCCAAUUUUCCAGACACUUUAUUGUCUUAUGAGCUUUUAUGGGCUCUUCUAGCAUGCAUUUGCCACUUUUCUCACAGUAUUCAUAGCAAUGGCAGGGAAUCGUAAGCUGCAAGGUGAAAUUGACAGAUGCUUAAAAAAGGUUCAAGAAGGAGUGGACACGUUUGAAGACAUUUGGCAGAAGGUAUAUAGUUCAGCCAAUGCUAACCAAAAAGAGAAAUAUGAAGCAGACCUCAAGAAGGAGAUUAAGAAGUUGCAGCGCCAGCGUGAUCAGAUUAAAACCUGGCUGUCAAGUAGCGACAUCAAAGAUAAGAGAAUUCUUAUCGACAACAGAAAAUUGAUAGAAACUCAAAUGGAGAGAUUUAAGGUAGUGGAACGAGAAACAAAAACCAAGGCAUAUUCAAAAGAAGGUCUUGGAGCAGCAUCUAAACUUGAUCCUGCAGCUAAAGAAAAACAAGAAGUCACAAACUGGAUUUCACAACAAAUAGACUCUCUUAAUAUUCAGACAGACCAUUUUGAGAGCGAAAUCGAACAACUUUCUACAGGCAAUAAAAAGAAAAAAAUGGACAAAGACAAGGGUGAUCGCUAUGAACAUUUAAAAGCGGCCCAAGACAAACACACAUAUCACAUACAAAAACUUGAGACAAUAAUGAGAAUGGUGGAUAAUGAUGCGCUGCCUCUUGAACAGAUCAAAGGAAUCCGAGAUGACAUAGAAUACUAUGUGGACUCAAAUCAAGACCCCGAUUUCGAAGAAAAUGAGAUGAUUUAUGAUGAAUUAGAGUUAGAUGAUUUAGAUCCAACGUUACAUUCGGCGACGUCGCCCCCUCAUGACGAAGACCGAUUUUCCGACAAAUUAUCAACAACGCCAACGUCAACAAACUCCAGUUCACCAUCACCUAGUCCAGGAAUAACGAAUCAUUCCAAGGAUGAUGAAAGGAAAAAGCAUAAAUCUAAUGAAGAUAAUAGAAACAAAAAUAACAGUGCAACAUCAUCGUCAUCAUCAUCAUCGGUCAGCUCGUCAAGUAAACUACCAAAUACACCUACAAAAAUCAACAGCUAUGACUAUAUUUUCAGCAAUCCACCCCUCAACUGUAUAGAAAAUAGUAAUCACUUGCCAAAUGCAACUCCGCCCACUCAUGGCUGGUUAGACGGACAAAAUAGUAAUUCAGGUUCCCCUAUAUCUUCACGAAUACAAAAUAAUGUGCCACCCUCUGUAUGGCAGCGCACCCCUUCCUCCACAGCUGCUAUGACAAUGAGGCAACUUAACUUUAGCGAAUUAUCCUCUCCGACUAGCGAUACUACAAAGAGCCAAUCAAAUUCAUUAACAAAUCAUGUAUCAGGACUUUCAAGCAGUGUGUCUAGCAGUGUGUUAGUGAACAGUAUAACAUCAUCAAUAAACACUUCAGUGAACUCUGUCUCACCAAACAGUGUAGGAAAUCCCUCCAUCCUGCCCCACGGGGCAUUGCCAAUGCUCAACAAUGGGCAUGGCAAGGAAUCGGUUUCGCCUCCGAUGUUGUCAUCACCAGUAUCGUCUAGUGCAGUAAACAGCAACAACAAUAGUUUAAUCACUUCAUUAUCAUCAUCGUUAUCAUCGACGCUACCCUCAUCUCAGGCAAACGCAAUGAACAGUUUGAGUACAAGUAAGACGGAAAUAUUGCCAGGUGUAAUGAACGGACCUUUAAGUGCUGGAGGAGUUUUACAUAAGGAUGUGUUAUCAGAAGAAAUGUCAUCCUUAAAAUCAAUCGCACAGCAGGCUGUGAUGAACGCAGGUCUUGAAGACCAAAUACCAUCAUCUACAGACUCAACGUCAUCCGACACAAAAGUGCCAUUCAACAGUUCAGUGUCGCAGUUGUCACCUCAACCGAGUCCCGGUUCUCAGGACGGAAGUUUAUCAAGUCAACCUUUGCCACAGACCACGACGAUACACCUCAAUCGGUUACUUGGUGUGGCGCCGCUUGGUCCCGUUCCUCUAGUGAAAGAACAUGUAUAUCAGCUUACCAUGGGAGAGGCAGCAUUCCAUCACCUGCCACAUCCGUCAGAUUCUGAAAGAUUACGGCACUAUUUGCCGAGAAACCCGUGUCCCACACCACCGUAUUAUCCUCAGUUACCUCCACCACAUGCAGAUUCAGUGGAAUUCUUUCAAAGAUUAUCAACUGAAACUCUGUUUUUUAUCUUUUAUUAUAUGGAGGGUACCAAGGCUCAAUAUUUGGCAGCAAAAGCAUUGAAAAAACAGUCAUGGCGAUUUCAUACUAAAUAUAUGAUGUGGUUUCAACGACAUGAAGAACCAAAGACAAUAAAUGAAGAUUAUGAACAGGGCACAUAUAUUUAUUUUGACUAUGAGAAAUGGGGCCAAAGGAAAAAGGAAGGGUUUACAUUUGAAUACCGGUAUUUGGAAGAUCGGGACUUGAAUUGACUAAAAGAUCUAUAUAGGCACUAUGAGUGCCAACCUACAAAAUUGAAAAGUGUUAUCACUGCUGGGUGACACUUGGUGUGAUUGACGGCAGGGAGACAUGGUUACCAUAGUGAUCUACACACACACCUGCAUUCUAUUUGUGCUCACAUUUUUGUUCUGUUGUCAUGGGAAUUAUCCAUCCCAACCAAUCAGUGUGCUUGACUUGAUACUGUGAUCUGAGUUGUGAAAAAGCUUGAAUUCUUGACCUUUUUAAAUUGAAUCACGGCUAGAAUUGAAGCCUUUACAAAACCAUGGUGUUAUAUGGGGGAAAUAAAAGACGUAUUUUUAACUUCAGUGGAUUUUAAACAUUAGGGAACAAUAUGGCAACAGUGACCUUCUAAUACAUAAAAGUUAGUCAUCUGAAUUGGGCACUGGUUUGAAGUUUGACUAGAUGCUCCAUUGUUUGUGACGGCACUUACUGUGCGAUAUUUAAUGAACAUAUAGAAUCUCAAGUGCCUUGCUCAUAUUUUCACUGUUGGCUAAAACUGAGCAAGAACCUGUUUGCUCCAGGAUAACUUUACUGAUAAUAACAAAUCAAAAGAAAUACUCUAGAUCUUCUUGCAUAUGACACUUCUUUUUGGUAUUUUUUUCCCUUUUUUGUUUUGUUUAAAUUUUUUUUUUACCUCAAAUGAUUGCCAAAAAUAAUGUCACGAGAAAUAUUUUGUUCAUCAUUCAAAAGCUAUCAAUGCUGUUGUUAUUUCAUAGACGCCCAUUGUGUUGGUCAAAUAGUACAUUAUGGCUAAGUCUUUAAAUCACCAGAGCUACUUUUGCCAGACAGGAUCGAGUUGUGUGAAUUGAGUGUUUUUCAAAGAGGAGAGGAAUAUAAAUUACGAUCCACAUUCUACUGAAAUUUUUUCGUGUCGAGUAGACGUGAUAACAUUUUGUGUAAAAAAACCGGGAAAGCAUUUAUUCAUACAACGUGGAGGCUUGAAUGGCAUGAUCUCAAUAAAGGAAACUCUGGUCCGAGACAACUCAUCUACUAACAGUAUUUUAUACAGUGUUGAAGUGUGACUGAUAAUUGUGUUAGCUGACGAAAUAUAUAUACGAAGGUGUAUGCUUUUCAUGACGUACUGCAGAGACUGUCUCUGUCAAGGAGAGACUAUCAUUUAAUAUUGCAUAAAUAACCGGUUAUCAAAAAUAGUGCUGCCAGAAUGGGAACCAGCAUUCAGAGAACUAUCUAUAUAUUAAAUAUAUACAGAUAAUGUAUGUUAGACCUAUUUUAGAAGUACUCCAGCUACAAAAUCUAGUCCUGUUCUACUCUUCCCCCAACCCUACUUCUAUAUAAUUAUUAUAUAAUAAACUUGUUCAGUUUGUUUCUGUUCACAUGUCAUGUGUAAUUGUUUCAAGAUUGUGAUAGGGUAAAACCUCUCUGGUAGAUUUUGUUAAGUUUAUAUUGCCAGCAAUAUUUUAUUUUGUCAGUAAGCAACCUGAGUAACUGUUGUCUAACACAACCAAAAUGGAUCUUUUUUUAAUUGAACGUUGUUACUUGAAAUACUACAAAAUGUUGUUUUUUUGUUUUUUUUAGUGAUAUAUCUGGAAAAAAAAUUCUUUUAAUUCUUUUUUUUUUACGAUGAUGACUUAGCAAAGAUUGUAAAAGAAUUGACAGAAGUUAGUGUUGCUAAUGAACAAAGUAUGAACUAUUUAGAAGUGUUAUAGAAGUAGGUCAGAAAGAAUCUGAAUAUUCGGAUAUUUCCAGUUAUUUACCAUCGUAAAAUGCAUUUUUUAUUCCAAGUGCAAUAAAAGCAUGGCUAUUAUUUCUCAUCAAUCCAUUUGAAUCACACGAAUAACUUGGAAAUAUCUGAACGUUUUGUUCCCGAAGGAAUAUCUGUAGCUAGUCAUGGAAUAGCGCCUAUGAUUCUUCUGUCACCUCCGUUGACAGUUUAAUUGUUUAUAAAUACCUUUGUAAUGACAUUAUAAUUAUGUUGACAGUGCAGACAAAAAUGUAUAUGAACUUGUUACUAUAGUUUCUGUUAACGUAAACUGUUGACCAAGAUUGCUAUGCAAAUUGCGUUUUAUUCAGCAGUAAAUGAGGGAAUAUCUUUGAAAAUUAAUAUCUUUGAAAAUUUUAUUUAUAAAUUGUCUUCAUUAGAACAAGAAAAUGAAAGGUUUUUUUAUAUUGUCAUAUUGUUGUCUUUUUUUUUCUUCAGGGUAUUCUGAUUGUAGAUUUUUGAUAUUUGUAGUUGAAACUUUCAUGACAGUCUAUUUUGCUUUACUCUUGAUAAGUUCAUGACCUGUUAACUGGGAUAUUUUUCCAUGUCGUUUUCCUGUCAUGUGAUAAAUCAAACCAAACCUUUUUUCCCCUUUGUUCUUGUUUCAAUUGCAGCUUCACACCAAAACCUGUAAGUCACGAGACAAGAAAAUAAAAUCAUGGGCCUGAGAAAAAAUACAGUCUAUAUUUUUAAACCUCUUCACCUACUAUAUUUGUGGAAUGGUGCUUUGAAUUUGGAACAAACCAUUUUGAAAAUUUAGGGACUUCAAUAUUUAAAUACAAAAAUUGAGCUAACAAUAGUAUAGAGCAGUGAUGUUCAGACUGGCCUGACACUGUAAGGCUAGCCUAGGCUAACCACAUGGUUCCAGCAGGUUUUGGGUUAGGCUACUAAUAAGUACAUUUAAAGAUAUAUAAUUUAGUGAUUCUGUAACUUAUGCAGUUUCAGAGUCAGACUUUACAAAAAUGUAUAAAAUUCACAUGUACACGAUUAAAAUUGCCAAAAACUUCCUUUAAUGUGGAUAAAGCUAUAAUGGGGAAAAAUAAUUGUACUACGACGGAAAUCAUCUCAAAAUAACGUGGUAAAAAAAUAAUUAAUGAAAAAUUCAGAUAAAACUGGAUGUGUAUGUGUAAAAUCAUUGCUAAAUUACUAAAACAUGCUAUGCUGUAGGAUAUACAAAUAAGCAAACAUUUACAAUUCAUGUGCUUAUUCUUUUUUCUAAACACUAUUUGAAAAUGUGAUUUUUGCCAGCUUUUGAAAAAUUAUUUUGGAUAUUUCACUAGUUUAUAGCUCUAUACCCUAUAGCUUAUUCACAAUGCAGAUAUUACUUGUAAUUGAAGAUAGAAGAUGGGGGUGGGUGUUAGGGGGAGUAAUGAAUAAUAAUAACAUUGGUAUAAAUUUUGAGGUGUUUUAAAUCUCUACAAUAUAAGAAAAUGGAUACCUCAUAGGAAAGAAUGAUUAGGGAGAUGUAAAUGUAGCGGGUCCCUGUAUAAUUGGUAAUUAUUGGUGCUCAAAACUUUGAGACUUGAAGUUUAUAUGAUGAUAUGGCAGAGUGUACUUUGUACAUUUUAGAUUUUAUAUAUUUAACACCCUGUUAUAUUAUUGUAUUUACUGAAGUCUCUAGGUUGAUGUGAAAAUGAUUGACAGUCAAAAGAUCUGAUAUUUUCUCCCCUCUGUCUCUUUACCCUGCUGAAUGAUUCUUGAACCCUUUCUUACCAUGUUAAAUUUACAAAAAUGGACUUGCUUUGUGUUUAAAUUGGAAUUAUCCAUUGUUAAAACCAUAGCCUGCUGAUUUACAUAAAUGGACUUGUCCAGUUUCUAUUUUUGGAAUUGUCUGUUUUCAAUUUCGGGGAUAUUAAGAUGAGACUCUGAAGCUAAUUAACCAACAAUAAAAGAGCCAGGGCAGGCUACACUGAGGUGCAGGCUGGCCCGGCACGAGACCAGUGGCAAAGGCUAAUCUCGUUUUGGAUUCAGAAAGUUAAGGGUUAAAUUUGGAAGUCUCCAUUGUUAAUAUGAGUGUAUUUAUAUCAAAGUGCUAAUUAAAUCUGGCAGUGGACAGUAUUAGAGUCCAGUAAGAUUUCAUGGGGGGUUGUAGGCUUGCUAGGCUUAAUACUUGCGACAAGGGCAAGUUUCUACAGUAGUUAUUUGGUAUUCAAGGAACAUCUUUAUAUUCAAUUUCUCCUUCCAAUCCUGUUUUUGCCUGUACAAUUACCCAAGUGUGAAGUCAUCCCCACAUUUGCUUAUAUCUUGAUUUUUGAGGGACUUUUGUCGAGUACAAAAAAAACGAAAAUCGGUGUACCAACACUUUAAUAGAAAAGAAUGAGAAAGAUCUUUUUCUUACUCUUGUUUUUUUCUUUCCUCAAGUUUUAUUGUAAUGUAUUGAUAUAUGAGAUUUGUCAAGGUGCUUCUGGUUUUAAUGUUACAUAUAUAUAUAUAUAUAUAAUUAUAUAUAUACUAGACAUGAAGACUAGAACUGUAUAUGAGGGAAUUAAUAAUCAUCAACACUGUAUAACAAAUAUAUGGCCUUUAUGAACAUGUGAUUUGAUACAAUGUGCAAUAAUGCAAAUUAUCAAUGUUUUGAUAGAUUUUUGUACAGAUGUAGAGAAUAUUUGUAUUGAUAAUAUUUGUGGAAAAUAUUCCAAUUGUUAAAUAGAUAAAAUAACGAGUGCUUUAUUGUAAAAUAUUUUUUAAAAAAGAUGAAAUGAGUUAAAAAUAUGAACCGAUAUAUUUUCAUGAGCAAUUCAAGGCUUCCAUAUAUAUCCAAGUAGUAAACAUUCCAAUGUGUGACGAUAAUUGACGCAAGAGCUUCUAGAAUAUUUUUUUUUUUUGAACUUGGUAGCUUUAAUUCAUUGUUUUCCUCGAAGUUCUUCUAUUAUUGUUGCUGACUGAAAUAUUUCGUACACACUAUGUAUUUUUCUUCUUCUCUAAUUAUUAUUUUUUUGUCUAUUGUAUUGAGCUUACAAACAUAAUGGAGCAUUUAGCCAUAUGGUUAAACAUAACAUGUGUGAAGUAGAUCACGUUUCAGGGGAAAUUAAUCUUGUUCUCUCUUGUCAUUGUUAAAGUUGUGAUAAUACUUUGUAAGACAUUUUUGGAGCUUUUUCAGCAGAAACCAGGGGAGACAACUCUGUGUAUGAUGAGUGUAUUUAUUUGACUUACCAUGUAAGAGUUGUCUCUCCUCGUUCUGUUAGCUCAACUCAAAACUGUUGGUUUUUAGUCUAUACAGAUUGUAUUAGAUGAUUGUGUAUGCGAUUGUGACUGUCCUAUUUUUGUACAGCAUAUCUUGUGAUACCCGGGUGUUCGCCUCUGGCACGGCUCAGAGCUGUGGUAGACUGCUCUGCCAUUACGCUGAUUACCUUGUACAUAUAUGACUGGGGGCCAAAGCACAAGGGUGAUCAGACCAUGCUGCAAACAAAGACAAAAAUAAAAAAAAUGAUUUUGUCAA